GUCCUGUUCGUUUCUGUCAUGGCUCAUUUCCGCUUCCGUGUCCUUGGUUGCACUCACGCUGCAGCGUACAGCAAAAAAUGGCAAAAUUAAGUAAAGAGACUAAACAGCGGCUGCAGCAACUGUUCCAGUGUGGACAAUUCGUCAUCCGAUGGGGAUUUAUUCCAACAGUGCUGUACUUGGGCUUCAAACGAGGAGCAGAUCCAGGAAUGCCGGAGCCUUCAGUCUUGGGUUUACUUUGGGGUUGAAGAAGGAUGACGUGCACCUGCAUCAACAACCUCCACCCGAAGACCACGACGACCAUCAUGCAUUGAACAUUUAGUUGGCCACAUUUUGCUCUGAAAGUCAAUGUCAGUAUAUGAAGUGUCAAUUUGGUCUGAGAUAUUUAUUUGUUAUUGUUACGACACUCUCUUGAAGUCUGUUCCAUGUUUUUGUCAAUAAAUGUCUGACAGUAAAGCCCAUAAGUGUCCUUACUAUAGUUCAGUUUUGCAAAUAUAUAUACAAUGUAUUUGAAUCUCAUGAAAAAAAGAUUUCAGUAGUUCAAUCUAAUAAGUGAAAUUCUCAAAAGACACCUGCCAAAGUGUUAUAAAUCAAGCAAUUCAAUUCAUAAGUAAGCAAAUAUAGUUUUAUUCAUGUUUUAAAAAUACAUUCAGUUUAAAA